AUGGUUAAAUACAUAAGAUCCCUGCUCGGCGACCUGCCAAUGGUACUGGACAAGACAUUUAUGAUCUCCAUCGAUUCUGAAAAAAGGUCCAAGCAGACAUUUUUCACAAUAUGCAACGCGGUGAUGACCACAGCAUGCGUGGGUUCGAUGUACUUCUUAGGAUUGGAGAAGAGUUUGGAAGGUGCCGCUAUUUUCUCGGCUCUGUCGACGACUAUAUCAGUGAAGCAGCUCAUCUAUUUCUUCAGGCAGGCUCAAAUCAAGAAGUUGUUGAGCAUACUUAGAAGGUUGCAGAAGCAUCACAAAGAAACCUGGGAGAAGGAAAUGUUCGAAGCUGGCUCCUUAGAUACUUGGAAUGCAGUCCAUACAUUCUGCUUGACUUUACUGUGUUACCUAAUGUUGUUUCUGGUACUGUCGGCCGUUUUGGACUUCACAAUCGGCAACAUCUUUCCUAAGGCACCAUCCCUGCUGGUGCAGCUACCUGGCCAAGGCAUCAUAGACUUCUUUGAGCCUCGGACCUUCCAGUGGUUAGUUGUUGCCACUCUCUUCCUAAUGUGGGCUUUUGAAGCAAUGGUCAUUCACAUCGGAACGGAAUCGCUCACUUUCGUACCCAUCAUGUACGUAAAGAUAGAAUUGGAAAUACUCAGGCGUAAGCUAUCACUAGCCCAAGAAGAUUUAACAAGAAGAAGUAACAAUAUAAAAGCACAUCAAUUAUUAACUGAUAUAAUUUUACACCAUCAAAGAACGUUAGAGUAA